GGUUCCGUGCUUCCGGUCGUGGGUGUGGCCUGUGACAGUAAUGGCGGAGCGGCGCCGCUGGUGUUUUUCUGACUCGUGAACUCGAUGAAGACUCGAAUCUUCCUCAGACUCGGAUCCUCGGACUUGAUGCUGCGUCACGAUGGGAAACAUCUUCGGGAAAAAGAAGCUGAGCCGCGUGACGGAGCAGGACCGAGCGAUUCUGCAACUGAAGCAGCAGAGAGAUAAACUGCGUCAGUAUCAGAAGAAGAUCAACCUGCAGCUGGAGAAGGAACGAGCUUUGGCCAAACAGCUGCUGAAGGAUGGAAAGAAAGACAAAGCUCUCCUCCUGCUGAAAAAGAAGCGCUACCAGGAUAAACUGCUGGACAAGACGGAGAAUCAGAUCAGUAACCUGGAGCAUCUGGUUCAAGACCUGGAGUUCGCCCAGAUUGAAAAGAAGGUUCUCGAUGGCCUGAAGGUCGGAAAUGAGUGUCUGAAGAAGAUGCACGAGGUGAUGUCGAUCGAAGAAGUCGAACGGAUCAUGGAUGAAACUCAAGAUUCCAUCGAAUACCAAAGGCAAAUCGAUGAGAUGUUGGCCGGCUCGUUCUCACAGGAAGAUGAAGAUGCAGUUCUCGCUGAGCUGGAGGCCAUAACUCAGGGAGACGUGGAGCUUCCUGAGGUUCCUUCAGACGAGCUGCCAGAUGUUCCAGAGGAGGAGAAACCAGAGAGAGAACGUCCCAGAAAGAAACCAGAGCGAGAGCUGCUCGCUGCGUGAGAACACGACGGACCUCCAGCUGCUGGUUCUCUCUACAACACUCCAGUCCCACAGGAAACAACAAACAUGAAGCAGCAGACCUCGCUCCCAGAUACUGAUCUUCCUCCAUGUCCUCCAGUCUCUGUUUGUCCUCUGCUGCAGGACGACACUUGAACGCAUCACGACUGGUUCAUCAGCUGCUCUGACAAACUCUGAUUUAACUGACGACCUGUGACGUUAGAUAAUUAACUCAAACCUCUGAUUCAUGUUCUUUCUCCACUCAGUCGUUUAACAAACAUUAACUUAACUUUGAAACGUGUGUGUGAUUCUCACUGUGAUGCAUCGUCUCCUCGUCGGUUUCAUUUACAGGCUGUAACUGUCAGUUCACCCAAAUCACAAAAAGACACAUCUACUCGCUUCCGUCUCUUUUUCCUCAGGGUUUGAUUUGUGCAGGUUUGAAUCUGUCUCUUCUGCUGCAGGUGAGUUCGUUUCAUUUGUGACUCUCAAGGAUCUUCGUUCAAAAAACCAAGUCCCUGAUCUGAAUCACCUGCAGACGUUUCAUUGGUUUGACUUUGCACCGAAGAAAUAUUCAGAACAGUUGACGUCUUAAAAAAAAACCUUUGGUUUCAUGAUGUUGCACCUUAUUGAUGCUUUACUUUAUCAGAGUAUCGUUAGUUCUCCGUCUCUAAAGAUGGAGAAAACCUUAUUUUCUUCCUUUUUAAGAGUUAUUUAAAUAAAAGUCACCACAGCUCCAACAACUUCGUGGAAAUCGUUUGAGAUUUUUUUGUUUGUAAUUGUUUUUAAAGUUUUUCAAAUUUGGGAAAAUGAGAUUGCAAACAUGAAUAUUUCCUGACGGGACUGAGGAGUGACAUGUUUUGUUUUUGUCAUUUGGGUGAAUUGACCCUUUAAGAUGAAGGAUGACACUCGACUGUGUUCUGUGGAGUCUGACUUCAUUUCCUCUGCAGGUCAGACCUGCUCCUCUUCCUCCUUCCCCUCCUCCUCCUCCUCCUCCUCAGUCGUCCUGACGUCGAGCUCUUCUUCCAAACAUGUUCGACCCUGGAACUUUUUCUGAAGUCGAAACUUUUGCUUCAGUUUCUCAGAAAGUUCUCGGACCUGUUUCAGCCGAACUUCUCUGGUUGAGGAUUAGUUCAGUGUCGCUGGAGAACGAGGUCAUCUGAGGGUUUAACAGCGAGACGUUAAUCUCUUCAAUAACUUCACACAACCUGCAUCUGGACCUGCGGAGUAUUAUCACACUGUAAUACUUUUACUUUGUAGACGUGUGUUUGAAUCACACAUUCAUAAAACUUGUGUCUCUGAAGAUUCAUCAGUAAAUAAUCUGUCAAUCAUUUAAUCUCGGACAGAAAUCACUGAUGACUCAAGUCGUCAGGACGCAAACGUCAUGUUUCUCUUUCUGUAAAUUCUUUUUCAAUAAAGAUUUUUUUAAUCAUAA